CCAGCAAGUGUGACACUUUCCUGCUCCACUGCAGAGCUGGCCCCGGUGUGCAAGUGUGCAGCCAGGAAGGGACCUGCUGGUCCAGCUUGCCAAGUCCCAGGACCCUCUAAGCUGUAUAAAGGGCAGCCCAGAGAGGGAGGGCCCAGCAGAGCUUCUCCGGCCUGUGAGUGAGCACUUGGACGCCAGACUGCACACCCUGAAGAUGAAGACCUUGAUCCUGACCUUCGGCCUCGGCCUCAUUGCCGCCCUGCAGGCCCAGGACCUCCCGGUCGUGGAGGAGGAGAGCCAGAAUGAUUUGGGGAAGUGGUACCUGAAAGCGGUGGCCACUGACACAGAGCUUCCCGGGAAAAAGGAUGGGUCUCUGUCGGUGACCCCCAUGACCGUCAAGAGCUUGGAGAGGGGCAGCCUGGAGUUGAACUUCACUAUGCUGAUCGGAGGUCAGUGCCAUGAGAUCAGUGCCAUCCUGGAGAAAACAGAUGAGCCGGGCAAAUACACAGCCUACAGGGGCAAGCAAGUGGUACACAUCAUCCCGACGGGCGUGCAGCACCACUACAUCUUGUACAGCGAGAGCACGUGGCACAAGCACGUGAUCCGGACAGUGAAUCUUGUGGGCCGAGACCCCGAAGUCAACCAGGAAGCUCUGGCGGAGUUUGAGAAGGUGGUAGAAGCCAGAGGCCUCAAGACGGACAGCAUCUCCAUCCCCAAGCAGAGGGCGGAAGCCUGCUCUCCAGGAAGCGCCUAGGCAGCGUGGGGUCCCACCGAAACCUCUCCCUGAGGAAGGAGGAGACCCUCCCUCCUGCCAGGCCAGCAAGCCUCACCGCCUGCCUCCCUGUACCCCUGUACCCCUCCACCGUUCCUGAAUAAACAGCUUCAG